UGGAGACCUUGCCCCCUUGCCACGGAUCCGGGGUCCCCCUUGAGCGUCGUCGACCCUGGAGAGAGUUGGAAAGGGUAGCAGGAUCCCACGACCCUCCGUGGUCGUUUCGGCUCAGCUGUUUCUGGCAAGAGUGCGCGAGAGAGGAUCCCGGCGCACCAGAGCGCCAGUAUGGGUUCGGCACGCAAGUCCCCCCUGGCGGCGGCGGUCCUGCUCGGGGUGCUCAUGUGGCCCGCGCUCGGCACUGGCUGCCCAGACGACGCCGACUCAGACCUGUGCGACGCAACCACGACGGACCCCGACGAGGAGCUGCCCACGAGCGGCGCGUCGAGGUCCGCCCCGCUGGUUCUCUCGCUCGCGCUCGCGCUGUCCGGCCACAAGCACCAGUCCGCCGCCGCACUGGGGUGGCUCGCGGCGCUCGGCUCGGUGCCGAUGGCCCUCGGCGCCGAUGGCCCCGCUGGCUACACGUGCGGGGCUGUGAAGGACAUGUACAAGGAUGCGGGGUGCUGCGGCCAGCCGGAUGCAACCUUCGACGUCGCCAACUACCAGAUCAUCCCGGCGCCAGACACGAGCGUCAUCACCACGGCCAACCCAUGCGAAGGCACGAAGCCGACGGCCUCUGGCUUCGACAAUUUCCCUUGCGCCGACGCAAUCGUUGGUGCCGUCGAGCAGGCCGGCGCCAAUGUCACCGAGGGCUACAUGGGCGGCAUGGCCGUCGAUGCCACACCUUGGAACCUGACGUACCUCGAGGGGGGCCUCUGCCCGGUCAACGUGCACUGGCACUACGGAGCCGAGCACCUUUCCGUGGGCCAGUUCGACGAGGACGGCACCGGCAGGAAUUUUUCCGAGGAGGAUGAUGGCGGAGAGGACCUGACGCGGCGCCUGGCAGUAGCCCGCCUCGGCUUCCAGUGCCACCACUUCGACGAGGCCGACCCCAAGUUCACAACCGAGUACGAGUGGGCGUACUGCGUCGGCAUGCACGUCGGCGAGACCUACGAGGUGCACUGGCCGCACUCGGCCGCCGGCGCCUGCGGCACCCCGUUUCAGUACCAGACGCCCUUCUACGAUGGAGUCUUCUGCAGGGGGGCGACCUACCUUGCCGGAGAGCUUCAGCACAAGGUCGGGGUGCAGGCGCAAGUGUUCGUCAUCGUCAACGACGAGGACUACUUCUACCCCGACCUGAUGAGGGGCAUGAUCAUGGACCCGCUCGGCGCCCAAGGCUUCGGCGCAGACAUCGCCUACUACACGGGCUCGACCACAGGCACGAGCCGCGACAACGAGAUGUGUUCCGCGUACAGCCCCAUCACUUGGCAGGUCGACCGCAAGUGCCACCUCAUCUCUGCUUCAUCCUUCGACAAGAUGUGUGCGGACAUGCUGCAGCAGAAGGACGACAUGAGCGAUGACCUCCAUGCGCACGGGGCCCGCGAGCUCGUCAGUGACGAGUUGGCGGCCGACAACCUGCAGCGUUUGUAGGUGCAUCUCGCGUGACGUAGUCCUGCAAAGCGCGACGAGCCUCGAGGCCCGCAGCUGCCGCCCUGUUGACCCCAAUGCGGGACAAUCUCGACCACUUCUGCCCCCUGGGCUGGUGGAAUCUUGCAGGACUCAGCGCGCGGCCUCCGUGGGGCUCUCAUUCUCUUCGGCGCUCGGCUCACUACGCUUCGCGGCCAGCCGUCCUGACGGGAUGUCCCAAGCCAUGGUGGGAUAAUGGGCAACGCCCAGAAAACGGCUGUGAGUAGAGUUGCAGGAAACGACAUCCUUCCUCAAGGUUCAGGGCAUGCUGAUUGCAGCAGCGCUGUACUCCAAACAUGCUCAGAGCUUGGAAGUCCCGACAGGGACUCGUGGAUUUUGGUGGAGGUUGUUUUUGUUGCGGAUUUGUAUCUUCUUAGCCCUCCCCGUGUCCUCGCCCUCCAUACCCUGGCCUUCUUCGGGACUCGAGUUGCAUGACUGCAUGACCCACCUAAUUCGAGCCGCGCAGGACUUGAAGCUUCUAGCGCUUUCAGACGUUGGUUCCCACGUCGACUGUGAAGAGCCUCGCGCCGCACAGCUGAUCUGUUGGCCUCAAUGUGCGCCAAUCUCGAUCCGUAUGGCCCUGUGGGCCAUCAGGAUCUUGCAGAGACAGCCUGUGGUUUCGGUGGUUGCUUUACAGCCUCCCAUUUGCCAUUCCAAAAUGAACUUCCCCUGCGCCAGAAUCAUACAGAUUGCCCCUCCUCUCAGUCCGCGCCAUGUCUACUGGCAUAAGCCACUGCUACGCGGCUGCUGCUCCUCACCAUGGCUGGGCUCGGCUCGAGUCUUGGCCAGGCUGGAUUGUGCUGGCCUCAGGCCAGUGCCGCCGAUCUGGG